AUGGCUCAGGGCUAUGCCUCCACCUCAAAUGAGAUGACAUCUUCACCCAGCAAUGCCACUAUUACUCCUCACCAAGACCUGUCCUUCAAGGGCUCAGUGACUGCAAAUGGCAAUGACGCUGACAUGGUGGACAUAAUUGUGGACUCUGCUUUCGAGGAUGAAGGCCUGCUAGAGUUUUUGAAGAGAAAGGAAGAACUGGCUCUUGGAUAUAGGAGAGGUGGUUUUGCACCAUUAUCCUGUCAUGAUAGGUUCAGUCCUGAGAACCAGUACUUUGUGCUGUGGAAGUUGGGACACGGGAUGACCUCAACUGUUUGGCUCUGCAGAGAUACCAAGGAUCCUAGUGACCAAUCUGGCUUUAAGGCAAUCAAAGUCUCCACUGCCGAAUGGAUUGUCCUCCGUGGCAUGAAUGAUGAGGUCUCUUUUCUCAACCCUUUUGGAGAACACCUGUGUAUGGUGUUCGAUGUGCUGGGUCAACCUUUGAAGAGUUCCACUGCUUCCACCUAUCCCCUCACCAUGCUCAAGCACAUUCUUAAGGACAGCCUUUUAGCGUUGCAGUACAUACAGGAAUGUGGUAUCAUUCACACUGAUAUUAAGCCUGACAAUAUUCUCAUAAUGCCUAAGGCUGCUGAGCUGAUACCUCUCAUUCGGCAACAGAUGCUAUUCUGUCAUCCUACAGGUAUCAAUAUGGUAUCCCUCAAUUUCCUGCCCUAUGAAUAUAUGAUUGUCCCAUCUGAGCCUCUCACGGUGUCCAUGGACUUCUCCCACCCCUCUGUUGCCCUCACUGACUUCAGCACUGCUGUCUGGGCAGGCCAAAACCACAACCUGCGAGGCAAGGUGCAGAGUCUCCCCAUGCAUGCUCCCAAGGUCAUCCUCAAUGCCAGAUGGAAUAGCAAGAUUGACAUGUGGGGAUAUGCUUGCUUGUGCUAUGAAUACUACACUGGCAAAAUCUUGCACAUGCCAAGGGAUACCAGCAAUAUAUUUCCCAAGGAUUUUUUUCUGGCGGAAAUGCAGGCAUCAAUUGGACCGCUUCCUCCUAGUCUGUUCAAAGAUGCCAUGUUCUAUAAUGACUUCUUUACCAAUGAAGGCAAGCACCUGCCACCUCAACUCAGCCCGCUGACUUGUUAA